UCACGGCUGCUUUGCAAUGCCAGGCAGUCGAGGUGAGUCGAGUCGAGUCGAGUAGAGCCGAGCCGAACCUCUUGGAAUCAGUCUGAGACGUGGCCCCAUCGCAUCCUUUUCGUUUGUUACGGUAUCCUUGUGCACAGCUACCACCUGUUGAAAUCGAACGAUCUUAUCAUGCAUCGUCGUAAUUAAUAGUUCGAUACAUCGAAAUGACUACGUUUUGAAAUCACAUAUUUUAAUUAUAUAGUGAAACAUCGUGGUUCAUCGAUUGCGCGGAAACACGUUUUCUUUUGUUGUGUCUCACCAUCAAAAGUGGAAUCAUUUGUAUAAUCUUGUUUUUUUCUUGGUUAAUAUCGUUGAAGAAGUGCUAGUUUAAAAUCUAUAAUCUUGGUGCAAUGAUUUUGUGUAACACUGAAAGAUCAACUGGAAGUUUAGCAGAAAAUAUUUAAAAGAUAUCGGAUCUAAAAUAUAAAAAAUGAAAAUUGGAUUCAUCAAACAACGGGACGUACCCAAUGCAAUGUGAUUUCGUAAUGACUAUGAAUUGUUUAAAAACAAGUCGAAGAGCGUAUUAUAUUGGAAAGUGGCUUAUAGUUCAAGAUUCUGGAGAAUGUCAAGUUUCUACAAGAUGAGAAAAAAUAUCCUAUACACAAAUUAUUGGCUUCUAUGAAGGGAGAAAUUAAUUAAUGAGAGGUGUCCAUGCCGAGUGUUAAGAAAAAUCAACUGGAUGAUCUUAGGAGCGCGAGAAGAAAAUUCUCAGUGGUACCAGUUCUGUGGAAUACAACGAAAGUUAUUAUACAGUCGAGGCUGCAAAAGUGACACGUUCGUGUUUGAAAAUGUCAUCAAGUACACGUACCAUGAUAAUGUCAGGACUGAUUUUAUUGGUAUUAGCAAUAGUAUCACUCAGGGAAGUGCAAGGACACGUUGCCUUGACUUUUCCACGAGCGAGGAAGUAUGACUUGGAUUUUUUGGAUAAUGCUAGAACACCUGGCCCAUGCGGAAUGCCUCGUGGUGAUAUUAAAACUACUUUAUUAUCUGGGAGUAACUUCAACGUCACAUGGCAUCUAGCUUAUCCUCAUCGAGGUGGAUUUCGGCUGCAAAUCUUGGAUGCUCUCGAUAGACCAUUAAUUGAUUUAACUCCUGUGACGAAAAAUAGUGAAUUCGUUGAAGAUGAUGCUACGGCACAGAAUUAUGCCGUACAAUUACCUCAAAAUUUUACGUGUACAGAUUGCACAAUUCGGCUUCUUCGAGAAGCUGAGGAAUGGGGUUCAAGUUACAGAUUUUGGUCUUGUGCAGAUAUCGAUAUCAUUGAUAGAAAGACAUAUAGAGAAGAUUGCAGCGGUCAUGGUCGAUAUCUAUUAGGUAGAUGUAGAUGUGAUCGGCUAUAUCACGGUAUAAGGUGUGAAUUUAAGGAGGAAUGUCUGGACGAUUCAGACUGCGGUAUUCAGGGCACGUGCAUUAACAAUGGCGGCACAACCGCGCCCACCAAGCAUUGCUACUGCAACAUCGGUUGGUUCGGGCCAGGUUGUGCAAAAAGAUCUCCAAUUAAAACCAUAGAUGUAGAAUUGGAUAUUUAUACUAUGAAAAAGUUUUCUGACAAUUUUACUUUUUAUUGGCGUAUAUUAAAAGAAAGCAAAGAACUCGAGGGCAUUAUGGUAGUAAAUGGUACAAAUUGGGUCGGUGUUGGAUGGCGACCAAGUAAUAUAAUGCCAAUUUGUCGUUCUUUCCCUGAUAUUCAAGAACAUCCAAAAGGUGAACCGCUUCCACGGCCAGAACCAAAAGCAGAACCAGAACCAAAAACUGAACCCAAACCAGAAUCUGAACCAGAACCUAAAUCUAAACUUAAAUCUAAAUCUGAACCUGAACCUGAACCUGAACCUGAACCUGAACCAGAACCUGAACCAGAACCUGAACCUGAACCUGAAUCUGGAACUGAAAAAUCUGGUACCAGAAGAAGAUCAGCUAAAGUUCAUGAUAUUGCUUCUUUGACUUCAACUCUUCAACCUGAUACUGAUGUCACAGUGCAAACCAGUGUGACAUAUCGUGUCAGUACAAAGCAAGGACGCAAGAAAAGAUCACCAGAAUCCACAGGAAUUUCUGCAAACGGGGAACUCAUCGCCGAGCCGAGCACUGUUGACAACACGAACAUUACGUCUGAACCUAUAUCAGAACCAGAACCUAAAUCCGAGCCUGAACCCAGCCCAGAAUUAGAACUGAAAUUCAAACUGAAAUCAACUUCAGUGCCUGAAUCAACAUUCCAACCAGAAUUCAAGUCUGAAUCAGAACCUAAUUCUGAGCCCGAACCUAAACCCGAAUCAGAACCCAGCUCUGAACCUGAACCCAAAUCCGAACCAGAAUUGGAGCCGAAAUCUGAACCAGAACCAAAAUCCGAACCGGAACCCAGUUCCGAACCAGAGCCAAAGUCUGAACAGGAACCUAAGUCAGAACCGGAACCAAGUUCUGAACCGACUUCGGAACCAGAAUCGAUUUCGAGUCUCAAAUCAAGCGCAACAAAAGCUAUCCUACCUGAAACGCACAAGUAUACGCCAAAACACGAUUUCAACCCUAUGGACUGCACAGACAUUAUAAUAGGAUCAGCACGAGGCAAUAGUCACAGGAUUGGUGACUAUUAUACUAGAGAUAGAUCUACACCAAGAAAAGACGAAUAUUGGGGUGGAAGAGAUACAUUGACUGCUGCAAUGGGCUUUGAACGCAAUGGCGUUACAACGAUACUUUUUAGAAGAAAAUUGGCAACAAAUGAACCAACUGACUAUGAAAUUAUUGAUGGUAAUAUGCAAGUGAUAUGGGCUAAGGGACAAGAAUCUGGAAAAUAUAUUCAUCAUCCACCGAGUGGCAUUGAAAAAGCCAAAAUUAGUGUGAAAGAUUUUUACAAGGCUGACGAACUUAAAUAUCAUGGACAUGGAGAACAAAGAGGAACAGUGACGCUUAAUUUCUUUGAUGAAAAGAAGAAACAAGAAAUGAUAAAUGAAGAUGGUGUACCAAUGCCAAUUUCAAAUUGCAGCGGUGAGUGGCAUUAUCCGAGACAUUGUUCAUCUAUAAAUGGUACUUGUGAAUACUCUAUUCAAUGGACAUACAAAGGACGAAAGGAUCAAUUAUCAUUUGUUAUUUCCACAACUAAUACAAAUGUUUGGACUGGUGUUGGAUUCUCUGAUGACGAUAAAAUGUCACAAACAGACGCAAUAUUGGGUUGGGUUGAUGAAAAAUCGGGUCGAGCUUUUCUCAUGGAUACUUGGAUCAGCGGAUAUAAUGCUCCGUUGCUCGAUCCAUCUCAAGAUAUUUAUAAUACGGGCGGUAGUAAAGUGGAUGGUGUAACGACACUCAAAUUCUCAAGGAAACGAAUAACAAAGGACAAUAGAGAUCUUUCUUUCACAGAUGAUCACUGCUUAUAUAUGAUGUACCCAGUCAAGGGUGGUAUUUUCAAUGCUGUCAGCAAGAAAAUACGUAAACACGACGCCGUGCCUAUUGUUUCCGCUGAAAGGAUCUGCAUAAAAUCUUGUGGUCUUGAAGAAUUUGAAGAUCUUACGACACCAACACCUCCAAGAUUAUAUUAUGAUGUGGAAGUGAAACUCAUAAAUUUGGGUGAUGGUUUUACAGCGCCUAUUCCGGGUAGUUCAGAUUUUGAAAUUAUUUCAAAUACGAUAUCUGAUAGCUUUGGUCCAGUUUUUAACAAAUUACCAGGCUAUUAUCAAAUCCGUCUCGUUGAGUUACAGAAGGAUAAUGAGCAAAAUGGUGUUAUUGCACGCAUGGAUCUGAUCUUAGAUAAAAAUGAAAUCAAAGGUAGAUCGUUGAAACCUAUAGAUACCAGUGCAGCUGCAGAAAAAGCAUUAAAAGAAGCUCUCAUUACUGGAAAAGUCGGUGCAUUAAGUGUAGAUCCACAAUAUUUGUUUAUUAGAGCUCCUCGAGUAAAUGAUAUAGGUGGAGGAGAUACGAAUGAAGAAUCGUCAAUCACAUCAAAUCUAUUUCUUGAUUCGACAAAACUGUAUAUCGUCGUUGGAUGUGUUGCUGCCUUGCUUGCUCUUGUUUUAUUGCAAGCAAGCUGUACUCUUUAUAGAUCAUCGAGGAGACGAGCAACGAAGCUGGUAGAACUUCACACUUUGUACACAAUUGACGCGCUAAUUAUUAUUCAUCGUACGCUUGUUUGCCCACUAAUCCAGGAUCGUUUGAUCGCCAAUAAUGCUUGGAAGGACUACGCUUCAGGUGCGAACACAAAUUUUGCUUUCGAGGCAUUCGAGACAGAAGAAAAGGCUCCACCACCGCCAGUUUCCAGUUUACCUCGUCAUAGAGAAAUGACUGGAAACGGAAUCGGCACAGAUACCGUGGAAGGCCCUAAUAGGAUAGUAGGACCACGAGCGACAUAUAGUUUGCCACGUGCACCGGGUUCGAGGCACACAGCACCCAUUCAACCUGGUUAUUAUACACAAGAUCGCAGGGAUCAUUAUCAACGAUCGAAGAAUAAUAUGCAUAAUUUAACAGGCGGUGGUGUAUCCACUCAACCAAAUCAGCCUGAUUUUUAUUUUAUGCCCAGUCAACGUAAAUACAGUGGUGAAGUUGUGCGCGUGUACGUGGAUUAUGGAAGUCAGGCGCCGAAAUAAUGGAAGCAUAUUAGAAUUUAAAAAAAAAACGAACGAUAAGAAAAUGCAUCAGUGACAGUGCUGCCCUCUUUUCAGCCUUUCCUCGUUCAUAAAUCCAAAGCGGACGAUUAAUAUAUCUCGCUUCAGUGAAGCGACAUUGUACAUAAAACGUGUUUAGUGGACCUGGAGAAAACGAGACUUCGAAACGAGCCCUUUCCUCCGGUGCUUCUUUAAAUAUUUUUUUUUUCCUUUUGUUUUUUUUUUUUUUUUUUUUUUUUUUUUUUUUUGGGGGGUCUUUUUUUUUUUUUUUUUUUGGGGGGUCUUUUUUUUUUUUUUUUUUUUUUUUUUUUUUUUUAUUAUUUGACGGAUCGUUGUUCUAUUAUUUUUUCCCGUUGUCGUAUUUGCUCGAUUACAUGCGAGUGUCGAACGGGGGCAACACGCACGGUUUCGUUUAAAAGAAUUACGCAGAAGUGGCGCUUACGACCAAAGAGUUAUCGAUAAGGCGCACUCGGUGCGCGGUUCUGUACAAAAGCGCGUGAAGAAACACACAACACAAUAUCACUGUAAUUCUCGAUGCGUAUCCCGAUACGUGUGGAAUGUAUCCAAAUUCGUGCGUCAUUACAGCAAUAUUUUACAUGUAUUUACGAGCAAGCAUGGAUGUUUGAGCAAUAAAACAUUUGUACAUUUUUCUAAUUGAAUGCAUGCUUUUUUUUUCUCAAGGAUAAACAAAUUUCAUCAAAAUAACCCGUUGAAAGGAGGAUUUUGUUUCUGUUUCGUAUUACUAUUAAUGUUAGUUAUGUUUAUAGUGACUUUUUUUAUCAUACUGUUCAGUUAGUUUGUAAAAUAGAAUUGAGAUUGAAGUUUAAACUGUCUUUUUAAAGAAAUUUCUUUUUUUAAAUGCAAUCACAUGUUUCUGCAUAAAAGCGACACAAAUAUAUAUGUUUAAUAUUAUCUAUAAAAUGUUAAGGUGAAAUAUUCCAAAUAUAUAUUUUGAUUUUUAGGUUUUGCAUAUCUCAUCGACGAUAAAUCAUGCAUAUUUCAUUUAUAAAUAACAAAAUAUGGAAUAAAUGAAAGAAGUAAAAUAAUUCGAAGAUAUCAAUCUAUGACUAUAUAAUAUCAACAAUAGUGUUGAUAAUUAUAAUAAUGACAUUAGAAAUAAGUAAACAAGACGUUGUAAAUAGUAUCUGCUAAAAAGAAUUUUCAUUGUGUAUCUGAAUCUCAUUUUGCUACUCCUUAAAUGGAUUAUUAGAAACUGUAAUACUUACAAUGACGAUAUUGUCAAUAAGACAAUCGUGUUGGUACGGAUCAUAAAUUAUUACAAUAGUGAUAAAAUUAACGAUAAUACUUGUAAUAAUCAUAAUAACGAUAGUAGCAGCAGUAAUAACGAUGGCAAUAAUAUUACAGUAUUAAUAUUACAUUAACGUCAUUAACAACGGCGUCGCGCGCAAUGACUUCCGACUUAUUCUUCAUGAGCGAUGGAAUAUUCAAGAUCAAUAUAAUUAAUAAUAAUAAUAAUAAUAAUAAUAACAAUAGUAAUAAUAAUAGUAAUAAUAUAAUUAAUAAUAAUAAUAGUAAUAAUAAUAGUAAUAAUUAUAAGGCGACGCCACCAGGUAAGCUUUUUUAAUAUACCUUUGAAAGUCGUGUAUUCGGAAGCCAAUUAUAGCACGCAUUGCCUUCCUUGAUCCUAUUAUUAUAUAACUAGUAUCGAGCACAUAUUUUCGGUCCUACUGUAAAAUUCUUUUUCUUCUCUUCCGUCACAUAGUGAUGCGAAGUAUGAGAAACAAGAAUCGUGCUCUGAAUCACGUACUGGACAUACCCGCCAGAAAGCGUAAAUAAAAUAAUAAAUUUAUAUUUUAUCUCUGAAAAGAUGAGAGA